AUGACAGUCUCGGUGAUUCCCUCAGUCACACUAGCAUGUCUUCUACUGCUGUCUAUCUACAAAGUCGUUCUUCAUCCCUUGUUGUACCACCCUCUCCGCCACAUCCCAUCCGCCCACUGGUCGGUUCCAUUCUUCGGAGAUCUAUGGAUAACAUACCAACGAUACCGCGAACGUAACAAUGCGGUCACCUAUGCCGCCCAUCUCAAGCAUGGCCCGGUUGUCCGGAUGGGCAUGAAUGAGCUUAGUGUCAAUUGCGUGGAGAAUGGCAUAAGAACCAUUUAUGCUGGAGGGUGGGAAAAGCACGCUUGGUAUCCUCAGCGCUUUGGCAGCUACGGCGUCAUGAAUAUGUUUUCUACCAUCAAGCACGGUCCCCAUAGCCAGAAGAAACGCACCAUGGCCAACAUCUACAGCAAGACGUACAUUGCUUCAUCGCCACAAGUAUCUGCGACCUCCCAUACACUUUUCUCCACACGCUUCUUGCCGCUGUUUCAGCAUCUUUCCGAUACUGCUGAGCCCACCGAUGUCCAUGACUUGAACAAUGCUAUGACCAUGGAUUUUAUGUCAGCCUACCAGUUCGGCCUUAAAGCCAGUACAAACCUGACUCAAGACGUGACCACGCGAAAGAGGAUCAUGCAUGAGUAUCACUGCCGGCGAGAUUAUGAGUUCUUUUCCGCCGAAAUGCCUUGGAUAAAGGGGAUCACCAGCAAUCUCGGAUUCCCAGUGGUGCCGCGCUUCGUGGACGAGGCAAAUCAAUAUCUAGAGGACUGGAAUGCCGAUAUGUGCCGGGCCGCUGAAAAACAACUCUCUGAAGCGGCGGGUGCUACUUCUGCGUGGCCGGGCGACGAACCGAUCGUGUAUAAACAGUUUAAAAGUGGGCUUGCAGCCUUGCGUGAGAAGGAUCCGAUGGCAGUCCGACACGAAGGCCUCCAACGGGAUGAAAACGACACUAGUACAGCCGAAAUCUAUAGUGAAAUGCUUGACCAGCUGGGUGCAGGGCAUGAGACUUCGGCUGUCGCUCUGACCUACCUCUACUGGGAAAUGUCGAAGAGUCCAGAGCUCCAAACACAACUCCGCCAGGAGUUGAUGAUGUUGACACCUCCCAUCAAAUGGCCGUUACCCGCAGGCUCGGACCUGAAGGACUUUCAGCUACCUGAUCCCAAGCAGAUCGACGCACUACCGUUGUUGCAGGCGAUCGUUAUGGAGGUAUUGCGGCUGCACACACCGAUCCCAGGCAUCGAGCCAAGGAUCUCUCCUCAUGUUCCUGGAGGUAACACACUCGGAUCAUAUUCGGGUAUUCCGGGAGGCGUACGUGUGUCAGCUAUGCCAUAUGGUCUGCAUCGCAACGAAGCCGUUUUUCCAGAAGCAGAAACUUUCAAGCCUACACGUUGGCUUCCAUCCCACACUAGCGACGAACACCUCAAAGAGAUGCACCGCUGGUUUUGGGCUUUUGGCUCUGGCGGGCGGAUGUGUAUUGGGAGUCACUUGGCAACGCAGGAGAUUAAAUUGCUCGUUGCCGCUAUUUAUUCAAAUUGGACGACUGAGAUCGUGGAUGAUCAAGGGAUUGAAGAGAUUGAUGCCUACACAACAAGGCCGAAGAGCAACCGUCUCGUUUUGCGAUUCCGGCACGCAUAG